AUCGAUAGAAUUACUUCCGCAAAGACAAAUACCGGUGCACUCAGUGUGUCUUCAAUUUACUACAUUUUGCAACCAAAGGAGACUUAUUUUAUAACAGAUUUGACUCGAGAUAGAUUUGUGGUGUGCAACUUUCACAUUGAAAGAUAAUGGGAAUCUCAGUUGAGGCAUGGAGGCUGAGAAUAGGUUGUUUUACACACUCUUCCUCGGCCAGCAGUGAAGAUGACCCUCACAGAAACAGCCACCGGAAACGAAAGUGUAGAACCACAAAUCAUGAUUGUGUAGCCAAGGUCUUGCCUGUUGAACAAAAUGAGGAGUUGCCCAGUGCCCUAGGGGCUAAAAGAUUGAAAACAGCCUCUCCUAGAAAAUCCUUUGCACAGCAGUUAUGCGCUUAUAUUCCAAAUCUCAGAGGGCACCUGUCAGCCGGCCUGAGACUGCUGUUGUUAAUAGGACUACUGUUGCUGGUGGCAGGAGAUGUGGAGGCCAACCCAGGACCCAGUACAACACCUGGUUCUGAACAGAACAAUGGGGAAGAUCCUGCCAAAGAAGAACUGCAAGCUCAAUCCACAUCCCCAGGACAACCAGAAGCUCAUGACAAAGAAAUUGCCAAAUAUGAGGAGGAGGUUAUGGUGUAUUUGGAGCGUGGCAAAGAACCAUUUAAAAGAGGGGAAUUUGAUGUUGCUGCAGAGCAUCUAAGCAGAGCACUGGAAUAUGUGGAGAAAUUCCACCUGCAGAAAGGCAUUUGUAUCACCCCCCAUCAACUGCUGGUUGAUGUUUAUUUUAAUCGCUGUCUUUGUUAUCAGAUGAUGGGUGAAGGCCAUUAUCUAAUGGCAUUGAAAGACCUGCACAAAGCCAUUGUGUACUGCAGUGAAAUUACUAUCAUGAGAAUUGAUGAAUUCCGUAUCCGAGGGGAUAUACUGUUAAGCAUGAUCAGCAGACAAAUUAGGGUAUACAAUGACAGAAAUCAGGUUGAGGAAGCGAAAAGACUUAUUGAUGUCAUGAAAAAAGAUGGCAUCAUUGGGUUCAACAAACAAGAAUACACGAAAGCCUUAGCAAUAUACAGUAAGGCAUGCAAACUGGCUCACCUCUUGUGCAACUGGAGAGAGAAAGAUGCAGACGUGAUUCUGGCCGAUGUACAAGUGAGGUUUGCAGAAGCAUUGUUCACGUGGAACACUGUUUUAGGGCUUCAUCUUCAGCGUGUGUUUCGUAUGAUAUCAAUGAAAUUCCAGGAAUGCCUUGACCUGAUGGAAGAUGUAUAUCAGUCAGAAUUGGUCAACAACAUUAAGAUGAAAGCCCAUUUCUACAGGGCACAAUGCUUUUGCAUGUCUAAGAUGUAUAAAGAAGCCAAAGAAGCUAUUGAUACAGCUUUGCAGCUAGCCAAAGAAGUCAGAGAUUUAGAAAAUUUAAAGGAAAAGGAUAUGCUUGAACUGAGAAAACUCUGCACUGAAGAAAUGGAAGCCAUUAGCGGCUCACAGACUGCAGUGAAUGAGGAAUGGUUGGAGGGUACAAACAUUGCGGAGGGGAUCAGGGCUAAGAGGCAUCAAGAAAAAAUACGUAAGCGUUACCAAGAAUCGAAGACCCUAAAAGUAAAGAAGAUAAAGUACAAGCAAGUACCCAGAAAGCCAGAAGCAGGAAGACAACAACUGAAAGCAGUGUCUGCACCUGCACCAGUGAAAGCAAAAGAAGACAAUUUACCUCAGAGAACUGAUGAAAGAGAGAUAAUUAGCAAAUUGGAUAAGCUCACAGAUACAUCUAUUCCUGAUGACAGAAAGAAGAGCGAUGCACCAUUAGAGUACAAACUGACCACGAGAGGAAGUGGAAUUUCAUCGAGAGACUCUGAACAGGUGGUUGGGAUCAAAGCAAAUUUUCCUUUACAAGAUGUAAGGAUACAACUGGCAUGCUCCUCUUGCUGUGUUGAAUCUGAAAACAGUGGGGAUGCUUACUGGUAUGACUGGAAGGCUCAUGAAAAUUGCUACGAAGACCGUUUACUACUUCAGCGCAAGGGUGGGAAACUAUGGUUGUGGAUCAAGGCUCCUUUAUACAAUACUUUUACUGACCUUUGCAAAACUCAUUUGCAUGGGAGAUCUUCACCUUUUCCAGUUAAGAAAUGCAAAUAUCCCCACAGCAAAGAGGAAAAGAUUUUGUGGAAAAAGGAACAAAGGCAUGAGUUCAAGAUUCUUAAUUUUAUUGAUGAACUCCGGUAUGCUUAUCAUCCCAAACCAAAAACUCCACAAGAACUGAUACAGAAAUAUGGAGGAAAAUUAGUUUUUGUAUGUCGCAAGUGCUUUUUCAUGAAACCGACAGUUAUCAGUUGGAAAGUGAAAGAUAAAGAUUGCUGUGAAAAUGGGCAUCGCUGGAAAGUUGAGGGGUUUUUACUUGUACAUGAAAGUAUUGUUGGCACAGGAAGAAACCGCAUUCCAAUAAGAGAAAGACCAACUGGUUAUGCUGAAAGUGAUAUGUACCAAAGAUGUGCCAAAGGAAUUUGUACUGAAGGAGAUUGCCCAAAGGCACAUUUUGAUAUUGAAAGGGAUGUAUGGCAUCUAGAAACAAUCAAUAAUUGGACCAGAAAAGACUUCAUACGAAAUCUGAAGAAAUUAAAUUCUCAUGACAAGAAAACCACAACAAUGAAAAAUACACUUGGAACAGUCAUAGAAAAUACAGAAGUGUUGUCAGCAAGAAUCCAACAUUUGGACUGCAUAUCAUCUGCAAGUACAUUUACACCAGCUAGUGAAGUCAAGUGUCAGGAGAAGGUGCAGUAUGCUUGUCGUAAAUGUUACAUCAAAAACCGAAAUCUCAUUGUUGGUCCAUCAGUGGAUUUUAGGUUUUGUGACAAGCAGUUGCAUCCAUGGAACCCAGAUACUUAUUUGUGUGUUGCCCUCCAGGAAGAUGGAAAAUAUUGUGAAAUAAGGGAAUUGCCAGAUGUCAAGAGAGACCAGUUUGACCUGUGUGUCAACAUUAAAAGCUCUAAUCGCUGCUUCAGGGGAAAGGAGUGUACCUAUGCUCACUCUCCUAUGGAGAAAUUGCUGUGGGAAUGGAUGCAGAAAAAUGGUGUUCUCAGUCUGGAAGAAUUGGUGAUUGCAUCUGAAAGAUCUCAAUCCAGUCUAGCACCAAAACAGGAUGGAGAUGAUGUGACAGAGCACAGAAUUCCUGGCACUAGAUUCUGCUUCCCAAAGUUCUACUGCAAGUAUUGCUACAAGGAGUGCAACAGUAAGAUACAGUUGGAGAGACAUUUCAGCUCACAGAAACAUAAGUCUGUGCUCUCCCAGCUGAACAGGAGCGAUCAGCCGUGGAAUUGCCGGGAACCACCACCUAAUUUGAUAGACUUUAAGCUUUGCAAAAGGCAUUGUGAAGAUGGAGAAACCUGUUUGUACUCUGGGGUUGAAGACCAUCUGAAUCUCUGCCCGUUUGCACAUUCUGAAGAGGAACUUGGUGAAUGGAAUCAGAGAGCCGCACAGAAAGAUGCCUUGAGGAAUCUUAUGAAAGAGACCAAAGUUUAUCCCUACCUCAACCAGGUUUAUGAGGAUUACUUAGCAGUGAAAGAUACAGAAAAAGAAAAAAAUUUAAUUGUGUAUGAUAUGAAAGGUAUUGACAUCACACCAAAUCCACAGACAGAAGAUGGCAAGCAAUUUCUUCACAAACAGUUUCAAGAUAAGAUAAAGAAUGAUAAGGGUUACACAUUUACUGUCAAAGUAGAUACUAGCAAAGUGGAUCUGAAGCUGGAGAGAGCCUCCCUUUUACUGUUCAAGCACAGAGAUCACUUUGGUAUAGAGACUGAUGGAGGUGACACUGUACAACUCAUCGCUGGAGACUCGGUGUGCAGCAAUGUGGAUAACAAUACAUAUGAACUCCGAGUGUUGUUUAAGACCUUCAUUUUUGGAACUUUUGAGCAAAUUUUGUUACUGGACUUUGGUCAGAGGCCUUUUCUUGGUGUUUCUUUAAAAGUUGAUGUUGGCACUGAACAGGCGUUAAAGAAACUUUUUAAAGUAAGAAAGUUACAGCAAAUGCCAAGAGGUCAUGUUAUUUCUGAUUAUAUCCCUUGUGCUAGUAAUCCAAGUCCUCUGCAGGAGGUUGUGAGGAAACAUUUGCAAAACAUAUGGGAUUCUUCUUAUAACUUGACAUCACUUGAUAAGAAAGAGUUGAAUCGUCAUAACUAUGUUGGUGUUAUGCAUCAACUGCUGUUGGAAGAACAAAAGGAGCAGGCUAGCCUUGUACAGGGUUGUAGAAUAAAGGCAGGGACUGAAGUCAUGACACGUCUCCCUCUUUCUCUCCACCACAUCAAAACAGACAAACACCUUUUUGCUAAAAUUUCCAUGGAUGAAAACCUUCUUCAGUUUGGCAGGGAAACUGUAGAGCUGCUCCUCACUUCAGUUAGCCAAGGUUAUAUUCAGCUGGUUACGUCUCCAAGUUCAGAGUUUUAUGAAGUAGAGGUGUUGAACUACCAAGACUUUAUAGACAAAGGUCGAACUAGAGACUCCAUCUAUCUUGCCUUGUCCGACCAGUGUUGCCAAGAUCUGCAUUUGAUCCCAGACACCUGUACAUAUUUGACAGUGCAGUUCAAGUUAGAUGUGACAAAUUUUCAGCUUAUGCACUUAGCCCUGGAAAGACUUGAUGCAAAUCUUGAUGUUUUCUUCCCUGACUACACUCUUGAUCAGCCAAUGAGGGACUGCCUACCUGGGGAAUUGAAAAAGAUACAUGGUCUGGAAGAGAAAAAGGUAGAUAUAUUAAAAAAUAUACUUUCUGAACCAGUGGGGGAUUUGCAGAUUCCACCUACCAUUAUCCUUGGUGCAUUUGGAACUGGCAAAACAUAUAUUCUGAAAGAAGCAGUGGCACUGCUGAUGAAAGAUACUUCAAAAAGAGUCCUGAUAUGCUGCAAGUUCGAUAGUGCUGCAGAUCUGUAUGUGUCUUUUAUUGAACACAAACUGAAGGAACACUCCAAACAAGCAAGCAAACAUGACCAUCCUUUGAGAAUAUAUGGAAUAGAGAAAGAGAAGGGUAACAAGGAUGUCAAGUACUCAGUUUGUACCAGGCCAUCGCAGGAACAGCUUGAUAGACAUAGGAUUAUAAUAACAACACUGUCUGCAUCCAUGCUGUUAAAGUUUGGACCUUCAGAGGCACUGGUCUUUACCCACAUUUUCAUCGAUGAAGCAGGACAAGCAUUAGAGCCUGAAUUGAAAUUGGAUCAGAAAAAUGUGUUCCUCCUCUCUCAUUUUGGGUCACAAGAGGUGAGGAGAAGAGGUCUGGAGCAUCCUACUACAACAUUCCUGAGGCCAAAGAAGUAG